AUGGCUAGCUCGUACAAGAAAAUAUUGGACCUAGGUUUGUUGAUGGAUCUGGUCUUGUCGAACAGGUCCGGAUUCGAGGUUCGAACACAAAAGCCCACUAGCCGAGCUGAACUGGUUAGUGAUGGAAGCAAUUCCCACGAACUGAGAACAAAAGGAUGUACUUGCCCCCUUCCCCAGCCAUUACUGCUCAUCCACCGCUUUUUAUUAAAAAAUCCUGUCUUUGUCUUUCCAGGCUAUCUUUUGCGUGCUAUUCCUUACGCCCUGAGAAAGAACCUCCACUUGGAUUCAUUUCAAGUCUCGAGUUCUUGUUUAGAAUUCUCGUAG